AAAGCUUAGAAUGUUACUGUCUGGGCUGCCUAUGUACAGCUUGUCCCAUCCCACUUCCCGUCUCGCUGUCCAUUCCUGCGCCUUCAAAUGGGACAUGGUUUUGGACCCUCCCACCAAGAGUCUCCUCCAGUCGCCUGAAUCAGACAUACCUCGUCACCCGAAACGGGCUUUCUCUACCCAUCUGGGCGAGGUAUGCUGGUUCCCUGGUUGCUUGGACAGCAGGACUGGUCAGUAUAGGUAUUCUCAGGAGCUCUCACCCUGGUAGUGCUGCAGCAAUCCACAUAUUAUUAUAUAUCUAAUCAAAUCAGUCUGUGAGCAGUACGCUUUAUCACAU